UUCGCUCUCCGUAGCGCCUUAGCUCGUUUGAGUUUCAAUGCGCGUUGUUGUUUGACGAAGGGAGUACUAUAGACCGCCCGCUGCUCUCCUGAUCAUGGCUUCUCCGAGUUCCUUCACCUACUAUUGCCCUCCAUCUUCCUCACCUGUGUGGUCAGAGCCGCUGUACAGUCUGAGGCCGGAGCACGCGCGGGAGCGGUUGCAGGACGACUCGGUGGAAACAGUCACGUCCAUAGAACAGGCAAAAGUAGAAGAGAAGAUCCAAGACGUCUUCAGUUCUUACAAGUUCAACCACCUUGUACCAAGGCUUAUUUUGCAGAGGGAGAAGCACUUCCAUUACCUGAAAAGAGGCCUUCGACAGCUGACCGACGCCUAUGAGUGUCUGGAUGCCAGCCGCCCAUGGCUCUGCUACUGGAUUCUGCACAGCUUGGAGCUACUAGAUGAACCCAUCCCCCAGAUGGUGGCCACAGACGUGUGUCAGUUCCUGGAGCUGUGUCAAAGUCCAGAAGGUGGCUUUGGAGGGGGCCCUGGCCAGUACCCACACCUUGCACCCACGUAUGCAGCAGUCAAUGCACUAUGCAUCAUUGGCACCGAGGAAGCCUAUGACGUCAUUAACAGAGAGAAGCUUCUUCAGUAUUUGUACUCGUUGAAGCAACCUGAUGGCUCUUUUCUCAUGCACGUUGGAGGUGAGGUGGAUGUGAGAAGUGCAUACUGUGCUGCUUCCGUGGCUUCUCUGACCAACAUCAUCACCCCAGAUCUCUUUGAGGGCACCGCCGAAUGGAUAGCGAGGUGUCAGAAUUGGGAAGGUGGAAUUGGUGGGGUUCCAGGGAUGGAAGCGCACGGUGGCUACACUUUCUGCGGCCUGGCCGCACUGGUCAUCCUCAAAAAGGAACGCUCCUUGAACUUGAAGAGCCUAUUGCAAUGGGUGACAAGCCGGCAGAUGCGGUUCGAAGGUGGAUUUCAGGGCCGCUGCAACAAGCUGGUGGACGGCUGCUACUCCUUCUGGCAGGCGGGGCUGCUGCCCCUGCUGCACCGCGCACUGCAUGCUCAAGGCGACCCUGCCCUCAGCAUGAGCCACUGGAUGUUUCAUCAGCAGGCCCUGCAGGAGUACAUUCUUAUGUGCUGUCAGUGCCCCGCCGGGGGGCUUCUGGAUAAGCCUGGCAAGUCUCGGGACUUCUACCACACCUGCUACUGCCUGAGCGGCCUGUCCAUAGCCCAGCACUUCGGCAGUGGAGCCAUGUUGCACGAUGUGGUCCUGGGUGUGCCCGAAAAUGCUCUGCAGCCCACUCACCCUGUGUACAAUAUUGGACCAGAUAAGGUGAUCCAGGCCACCAUGUACUUCCUGCAGAAGCCAGUCCCAGGCUUUGAGGAACAUGACAACGAGGCACCAGCAGAGACUGCCACCGACUAGAAGACCCAGGGCCCCUGGCUCUAUGUUCACCCACCUCCCCGGUCAGACCCAGGUUUAUACAUUUCGAUACAUACUGCAUUCCGUGCUGCAGAAGCCUUGGCCACUAGGGAGCUGUGGUCCUUUGUCCUUUUCUUGUCAAACAAAACAAAACUGAUGGUCCUGGGUUUGGAGAAAAUAGUGGCGUGGUUUUUAAAAAAUUCUUUCCACUUCCGUCAAACCAAAAAUCUGUCAGCCCGUGCGGCAUCUAAACCCGGCUCUGGCCUGGCCAGGAUUGUUGGGGAACGGUGCGUGCGGGGCAGGACCAGUCCCUCGCCGCCAGCUCUCCGGCCCGGACAGUCGUACUGAAAUGAACGGUGUCUAUGAGUCACUGCUGCGAUUCCCCCCUGCACGCCACCAUUAGGUCACCAGGAAGGUGCCCUCCCCUGAGUGGAAAUAAGUCUAUUCCGUGCCGAGGGGGAGGGGGAGCUUUGGUCCCAUCACAGUGAAUUCGCUAGAAAAAAAUCAUGGUGGGACUUCACUAGGAGAUGCCCUACCUCUCACCUUCCACCUCAGUCAUUUGCAAGGGAAAGGAGCUGGGGGUGGGGGAGAAAGAUCCCCUUGAGUUGUGAGUCCCUCCCCCUCCGCACUGGAGAACUGAGCCACUUCUCCCCAGGGCGGGACUCGCUUCAGCCACAGGGGUGGUGACUUAGACCCAGGAAACCAAUUAUGAGUGGAAAAUGAACCUCUAGUUCACUUCUGUGUCCGAGGAAGCAGCCCCAGUGCCCGCCCCCCAUCAUGUAUGUGAAAUACCCUUCUCGUGUCCUCAGGGCCGCACCUGCAGCCUGUGGCCAUUGUGCGUGUUUCCAUCUUCCUUCCAUCAGACUCCCAGCCCAUCACCCUCAGAGACGGUGUUGUCUUCUCUCAUCUGGAGUAUUAACACUACUAAGUUUUUCACCUUAAUUUGACUCAGGAUUUAUUCACAUCCUGCCCACUCUAGUCUCACAGAGAUAAAAUCAAGUGCUAGAUAGGCUGGCUGCUCAGCCAGCUGUGGCAGGGCUGAGUGCCGCCCGGCGUGCUCAGCCUGGCAGGGCCUCUGCUGCUCACGGGGAACCCUUUCUUGGUCAGCGGGGCAUUGAGUUGGGCCAUCUGUCCGCUGCUACAGUCACGGCACACUCCGUGCGGCUGACCUGGCCUUCAUGUACGCAGCCCCGGACUGCGAGCAGACAGGAGCCUGGAGGUGCGGCACGAGGCUCUUCUCAAAACUCUGGCCGUCUGCUGCCUCUCAUUCCCUAUUGCUUUGGCGGAUUGGGCUAUGUAUUACCUCCUUGAAAUAAUAAAAGAAUAACAUUUUCUCUGAUGUCUCUCAUUUGUGACUGGUCCCAAGAACAUUCCCUCAGAGUGUCCACUGUUGGGAGUUACUGAAGAUUGCUCGCGGAUUGCCGGUCUCCCGUGUGUGUGUGACAUUUCAGACCUUGCAGGGAUCUGACUUGGGUUCCACCCUUAGACAGCUGCUCCAGUGGAUGCCACCAUGGGCCCAACAAGCAGUGGGAGAAGCUCUGUCUCCCAAGCUCCCCAAACCAGUUCUGUUUACUUUUGUCCCAGCCCUCUGUACGCCACGUCUCAUGGUGUCUGUGUGUCUGUCUGAUUCUGAGCAGAGACUGUGCUCCUGAGUCCGAAGGCAAGAAUUCAGCAACAGGUGGAGGUGGCUGUCCUGACCAGAGGCAGGGGGACUGUCACAGAACGGGCCAGAAUCCUGUGGUCACCUGGCUUUCCUUCUCAUCUGGUGAGAGACCCUCUCUCAAGGGAGGCCAACAAGGCAGAUACUCCUUGUCCUGACCCUCCAUGGACGAGAAGAGGGUAUCCUCAUCUUGGAAUAUAAUUCCUGCCCCGUGCUCUUUUUGCCCAGAUAACACAACAGUUUGGGCCACAAAGCAGCACAUUGAAAUGCAUCCUUCCCAUGACUGUAACAAAAGGCCAAACCCUCUAACACCAGCAGCCUCAAGGUAUUAGGGGAUUAAUUGUAGUAAUUGAUGUGGUUAGAGACAGAAGGGAUUGCUUCGGUAUGAGUUGGCUUUAUGCCAAGGGGAGAGGGUUUGAGCUGGCCCCAGGAUUAGGUGAAGUUUGCCUAGGUAGAGGAGAGAGGGUCAUUUACUGGUAUUUAAAAAAUUUUUAUUUGAGAGAGAGAGAAGACACUAUUGGGGGUGCAGAGAGAGAGGGAGAGAGAGACCCAAGCAGGCUCUGCGUGGCAGCACAGAGCGCGACAUGGGGUUCGUUUCAUGAACCGUGAGAUCAUGACCUGAGCCAAAAUCAAGAGUCGGAUGCCAAACUGACUGAGCCACCCAGGCGCCCUGGCAUUCUUGGUUCAGGGGGUUUACACUGGCAUAACCAUGAGACUCCCUUUCUGCUCCCAGUUGGGUCUGGAGGAUUUCUUGACUUUUACAGCAUUCAAAGUGGGUGCUGGAGAUAAAUUCUCAGAUAAACAGAUUUAUCAUGUGUAUCCUUAAGUAGAAGGCACUUACGUAGCAUUCAAGAUGGGUUACCCCAAAUAUCUCCCUCACCAAUAAAGAAAUACAGAACUACCACAGAUGUCCAGAUGGACCCCAACUGGCCCCUUGGACCCAUUUCAGACCCACGUUGAGUCCUGUGUAAGUUGGGAGGCCUGCUAGAUCCUCAUGUGAGCAGAAGGGGAGCCUCCUGGAUAAGCAGACGCCCCUGAGAUAACAAUACCAGUCAAUGAUAUUCCUAAACUGCCUUCUCUUCACGGCAUCAUUUCUGAGUUAGAAGCCAUCAGUCAGAUUCUGGCCACUGUGUUGGCGGCAAUGCUGUACUCUACUUGAUGAAGCCACUUCUCAUGAAGACCGCCCACAAAAGCAUAUGCCAUAAUAUUAAAUAACAGCUCCACAAUGGCCUUCCGUUGAGGACUAGCCUUAGAUCUUGAUAUGUUGCUUCCCGGUGACUUAACUUAGCAGAGAGAUGGAGGUUAGAGACUCCUGGCAACGUGGUUGCUUAUGUGACCUUGGCGAUUGCAUCAAUGUUAACCAUCUAUUGUACUUGUGUCAGGAGCUUGAUAGAAUUAAGAGUGGAGCUCUGAGUGCUCCAUAUUGUUGGCAGCAGUGGAAUCCAUUGGCUUCAGAUGGUAGAUGUACAGAUAACGAUGCUGACAUUCCAUUAUGAAACUGAAGAACUGGUCUCAUCUUCCAACCAGGUUUUCAUUCAUCCAACCUCCUUAUGGAAGUAGGUCACUGGGCUUCCUGCAGGAAUUCGCCAGUAGCUUCAGCACCCCAACUCUGAGAGAAGGGUAAUGGUCUGGGGUGGGGAAAGAAAUGUUCUUUAUGUCUGCAGGCUUCCGAGGCACUCUUUGGCCAGGACUACCGUGUACGAUGUCUGUCAUUCACUGUCUGGGAUAAAUCCAGUUCAAUGAAAGUUUGCUUUCUUAAUGCUAAUAAUCAGGCCUGAGGUUAAUGAUACAGAUAGAAGUCUAUGAUGGAGGGCUACUCAAUGUUGCUUCCAUUUGGGAGCCCAGGAAUAACUUGGGGGUGGGGGGAAUAUUUGCUAAUGUUUUAUUAGUCUACCAUCUAUACCAGGGGGCAGCAAAUUUUCUCUGUAAAUGGUAAGUAUUUUAAGCUUUGCAAACAACUACUCAACUUUGAUCGGCCAUGGUAGGACAAAACAGCCAUAGACAAAGUGCGGUCGUGUUCCAGUAAAACUUUAUGAAAACAGGCGGUGGGCUAGAUUUGGCCCAAGGGCUGUAGUGUGCCUACCUGUGAUCUAGACCAAAUCCCAUCCAUAUUCAUUCAGCAUUCUUCCACAUCUUUCAUGGCUGAGAUGUAAUGUAAUACUAUGUCCAUGUACUACUAGUCUCAAAAGGCAAAUGUGCUUGGUAGAAUUUGUACCAAAUAUUCCAGCCACCCACGUGUGCUGCUCGGGCAUUCACUGCCACGAAACAGGAAGAACUGAAUGAUUUAAGACAUUGUUACAACUUGCUUAAAACAAAGAGGAAAUGUGUUGACUCUUAAACUGAGACGUCCAGGAAUUAGCUUGGCUGUAUGGCUUUAGCAGCUUCCUCGGUCUUUCUGUAUCAGCUCCAACCUCAGGCUCUCUCCAUGUGACUGUCAAAUGGCAGCAGCAACAGCUGCAGACCGUACAUCCUCUGAGGGUGAAGUUCAGCAGACACGAGCAGCUGGCACUGUCCCAGUCGUCCUUCCCAGCAAGUGUCACUGCAUCUCACUGCCUUUGAUCAAGCCACGUGCUUUUCUGAGAAGCAAUCCAGUGGCCAGAUUGAAGUGCACUGAAUGACCUAAGUCUUGAUCACAUGCUUCUUGCAUGAGUGGGAAAUGGGGCUCCAUCAGAAGCACACAGUCUAAGAAUGGGGAAGGAACGAAGCCCCGAGUCCAAAUUAGGGUUGUAGUCAAAGCGGGGAAAUGGAUGCUAGAGAGACAAACCACCACCGCUGUCUACAACAGUGGAUUUUUACUGGGAUAGAAACCUGUGGUGGACACGGUUGGCAUCCAUUCCUCCCCUCCCCAACUGUGGCAGCCAAUAGGCUCGUGUGAAUGUGAUCCCCUUCCGACCUCCAGGACCAGGCCCUGAUUGGCCUAAGGCAAUCAUUUUAAUCCAUCCCUCUUUGGCAAGAACAGAAGCCUACACCAAUCAAAUGGCUUGCCCUGGCCUCAUUGAUUGAUGCAGAAUAGAGCAUGUGGCCUACAAAAACCGGAGAGAAGCCCAGGACAUUUGAUGAUAGAGGAAAAGCACCUCUCUCCUGUUAGGGAUGGUAGAAUGUGUGGCCUGGGACUCCUACAACCAUUUUCCUACCUACAAGGAAGCCAGUCUCAGAAGCCAGUACGCACAGACUCCCUGACUCACUAAGAAGCAUGGCCAGAACCCUGAUCACCCCUCUCCUGCAGUUUGCCUUGCUUCUGGGUUUUUCAGCUAUGUGAACCAACCUGAGGUGGAUUUACUCUGACUCGCAACCAAAAGCAUCCUAACACAUACAAAACUCUAUCCGUGAAAGUUCUUACCUGCUGCCUGAAGGGCACGGAUCACCCUUGCCACAUCCACCCGAAGAAUAACCCCUAAGAGAGUUCCUCCUGGUCUACUGCCUCUCCUCAUUUGAUCCUUGACUCAACCUCACGAGGUGGGUGAGGCAGCCGUAGUAUCUGCAUUUUACAACUGUCGAAACAGGUCAGAGAGCUUAAGUGAAUCACCCAAGGUUUCUGGCGAUCAAGGAGUGGAGUCUGAACCUGAACCCAGACCUGCUGCCCAGGAGCUUCCAUCCCCCCAGGACGAGCAUGCUGACAGCAAGUGGCCGGGGCAGGCUGGCCUCGCUCUUCGGUCUUCGUCUCCUGCUCUGCCAAAUCUUCAGCAUAGAGCGACGAUCCCCACACCAAAUGGGUGCCACCCCAGUGCAGAGCGAGGCUAUGAGUGUGCCCUUUAGAAGGAAGUCCACGUGCACAGUACACAUUUAAGGAGCGGAGAGCUAUGCCCCACAUCCUUGAAGGACAGCCCGGCGCUGUACGAAUUAGUCCGUGCCUUAGUAAAACCCCAAACGCUGAAGGACGUCUGUCUUUGCCUGUUCGUGAUCCACGCUUCAGAACCCUUCAGAAGGGGCCCAGGUCUCACCCUGGGUUUUCGGUACGGCCGACGUAGAGGGGAGGCUGACCGCAGGAGAUAAUGACCACCAGCACCUGAGUGCUCCUGUGGACCCUAGGUCAAGCACAUCAGAAGCAUUCUUUCAUUUAACCCUCACGGCCACCUUGUGAGGGUAGCACUAUUAUUCUCCUCACUUCAUGGAUGAGGACACUGAGGCUGGGAGAAGGGACUCCCCGGAGACUACCAGCGACGGACAGAGCCAGGAUUUUGAACUCAGGCAGUCUGCCCUCAGAACCCAAGCAUAAAGUACUCUCUUAUUAGAAACAGAAUUCUGCUUUCUUCAGCCAGGGUCAGAGCUCCACUCCGAUCAUCUAUCUACUUAGUCUCGUUCUUCAAACCUCUCCCAGCUAAGAUGAUAACUCUGCGAGCUGAGGCAGCUGCUCCCAGCGGCACCGGCUUUCCUCCACCACUUGCCAGUCUGCUCGGCAUGUCAGUCAGUUGGAUCAAAUUUUCCCUGGAACCAGCUAUCCGUUGUGGCCCUUUUCUUCCAACUGGUUUACGGAAAUUUUGAGAAGCCUAAAACUCAACUUCUUUGAAAGCCAGGCUCUCAGGGACAUCACCUAUCGUCGUGCUGGCUCGACUGGUCUUCGUCCUGUUCCCCACCUCCUAGGAGCCCAGCUGCACAUUCCCUCCAUGUCGGGACCACGUUUUCCUUCACCUGCAGCUUGCUUCUAAGGCCCACCCUGACCAAGCUAGCUGUGUCUGAGAUUUAUAAUUAAGGCCGGACAUAUAAAGAGAUAUGGUAAAGGGCAAUAAAAAAAAGGAAGGCAUCCUAACUUAGAGGGCUUACUACCCUCUUCGACCUUAUCACUCGACUUCGUUCCCAUUUUCUUAAUCUUGUCUCUUUCCUAUCUUAGAAAGGAGUGCCUUUAAUAAAUGGGAUGUUGUUCUCCCAGUA